UAGAAGCCUGGCAAUGGCCUUCUGUAGGUCCUUUUAUCUUCUCUGUUUUGUGAUAGUGACUGUGUCUUCUGGACCUAUCAACUUUCAAAAACGGGAUACUCAGAGCAGCAAUGAGAUUGUUAAUUCUCUCAACUAUGCAUUGGAAUCCUUUAAUUUUAUGAACAAGGAAGACUAUCUUUUCAAGGUUCUUUCGUACCAGUCACAGAUGAUACAGAUUAUGAAUGGCAUAGAAUAUAUUUUUAAUGCUGAAGUAGGAAGAACCCAGUGCAAGAAGACUGAUAAUAUAGACAUUGCAGACUGUACUUUAAUCGAGCUACCAGGACAAAUGCAGGUCCUGUCUUGUCAUUUUGUAGUCCUAAACUGGCAGAGCAGAAGCAUCCUUCUUCAGUCCGUCUGCAAAAAUAAGGGCACAUGAUGAAAAGAAAAGAGUGUGUUUUUAAGUAUAUCUAAGUGCAAGGAAAGAAAAUAGUACUGUACAUUAUAUUAGGAAAAUGAAGACAUAUAAAAUGAUUUUUAAAUAAAGGGACUCUUUAAAAUGUUUUCAACAUUUGUGAUGGAUAUAACUAUCAGCCCAAGCUGUACGAUCACCAUAUUGUCUCCUGUCUGGCCUGCUUUCUAAUUUAUGCAUCCAUUACAAGACUUUGAGUAAAAGUCAAUACACAUGUAUUUAGAAUUUUGGUUUACUGUUAUAUUUUAUGCUUCUCAUAAGAGUACAGAGAGUAAAAAAAUGCUCUUAGAAAGUUUUAAAAACCAAAACCUGGUAACACUAACAAUAAUGAAGGAGUUUCUGGGUAAAAAUAGGGACACAGUGGUCAAAGCUGCGGUCUCACAGCUCCAGAAUCCUGGUUUUUGAAUCCCUGCCUACUCUCUUUUUGGAGUUUGCAAAUUCUACCUGCACUCCAGGUUUUCUUCCACACACCAAAUAUGUUGCAUUAGGUUGAUCGACAGAUUUAAAGUGGCCCUAUAUAAGUUU